AAGAAUGUUCAGUGCGUUCAGCCUUUAAGGCAGGACUGGGCAGCCGUGCGGGGCUGCCUGAGGUGAUCACGGAUCAGAAGCGGGUCUCUGGGAGAGGCCGGGGUCCAGGUUCAUCGGUGGUGCUGCCCGAGCAAUGGGUGGCUGUUCCUUCUUAAUUAAUGUAGCCGUUUGUAAAAGUCACUAGUGUGAGCUGAAGUUACGUGGCACAGAAGUGUCUCUGUGGGCUGAACUGUAAACAAAUGAAAGUGCUCAGUUGGUUUUCCCCUUCACCAAAGAUGACCUCCUGUAACGUCCCCUUUCUGGUGCAAAACAAGGAAGGGCAGAACCGGACACGGGGACAGUCCCUCCUGGCUCUCAGAGCUGCUUCCAUCAUCCCAGGGCUGGGGAAUCUACAAGGAGGAGGGAUUGGUAAUGGUGCCACCACAGCUUGUCUCACAGAUGGCACAGAAAGGAAUAACCUGAUAUCAGGGUGUCUGUAUUCCUGCCAAAAGCACAGAUGAUAUUGCCUAGCUUGUUUUAAAGUGGGCCCUGCUGGAAAUUCUGUGUUUCACUCGUCAUCUGUGCUGUUGCAGCCGACUUCAGUAACCAAGCUGAGGCUGCUGAGCUGCUGUGUCAGAGCUGUGGCUGGAUUUGUGCUAAAGGUGCAAAGGAAGGGGUUCUGAGGUUUAGCGCAGAAAGUGAUGCACUGAUACACCACCAUUCACUGUGCUUGGUGUUUGUGUGCAGUGUGUGAAGAACACAUGGCAACUCCGUCGACACAAAACACAAUCAUCACUUAAUUGCAGUGAUGAUUCACCUGCUCAUAAAGCUCUGAAUGGAGCUGGUGAGCUCCAGACCUGUGUGGGACAGUAAGAUCCAUCCUCUUACUGCAAUGUGGAUGUAGAAACAUCUGCACUGUGCGAUACCAGUUAAAUGGCUGCUCACAUGUUUCUCUGGGGUCGGUUCUAAACACAUUUUCCGUGCAAGAGGUCAGUUGGGACCCAAGAGCCAAAGGAGUGCCUUCUCCAUAUUUGAAUUGCCACUGCCUACAGACAGACUGUUGGUAAAAUUAAUUUGACACCUUCCAGUCACAGGACACACCAGGAGCAGAGCACCCAGACCCAGCCAAUACUGCUUAACUCCAUUUUAAGCAUAUCAAGUACAUCUUGCUGCCGAAUGACAGAUUUCUUGCCAAGAGAAGCCUGCCUGUGAGAUCCUCGCGGAGAGCUUGUUGGCAGCAAUGGUCAGUCGUGGCUUCUGAGCUGUGUUUUCAUCAGAUUUAUUGUCAGCCAGUUGUCUGGAGGUUCUGUAGGGUCAGUGUGGAGCAGCACAGGGAGUAUUUCAGUGCCACGCUGAAACCAAUUUGUUCGGUUCCGCAGCGAUCCCGUGCCGUGAUUUCACCGCCGCCCUGCUCUGAGGACUCUUUCCAUCAUGACCUCCUUCGAGGAAGCCGAAACGGAGGAAACAGUGACGUGCCUCCACCUGACCUUCUACCACCCUGGGCAGGAGGAGAAGAUGAUGUUCCGCUGCCUGAACUUCUGCAAGCGCGAGCAGGUCAGGGCGGACGACACGGCCAAGUUCGGCCGCGACUCCAGCGUCUGCCGCUACAGCCUGCUGGACACGCGCGUCUCCCGCAUCCAGUUCUCCCUGCAGUUCUACAGGAAGCUCCACACCUCGGAAUGCGCCUUCGAGAUAAAGAACCUGAGCAAGAAGACAAAGCUGACUGUCAACCAGACAGAACUGGGCCACCUGAACAAAAUCGACCUGCCCUGGAAGUGCAUCAUCUGUUUUGGGGACUACCAGAUCCUUGCAGAGAUUCAAGAAGGGGAGUCCGUGGAUUAUUUUGAGACUCACUUGCACUUGGCUGAAGCACCCAUCUUACAGGAAAGGUGCCUGCCAUCCCUGCAGCCUAUACCCGAGAAUGGCAUUUCUCCUUCCUUAUUUCUUCCCCAAGGCAAAAGCCCCACAGAGAUUGACGAAAAUGAGCUGUGCUAGCGGGGAGGAGGAGGCUGGAUCAGGUUCCAGCAUGGACAGCUCUCACCUCAGUCCAGUGUUCUUGGUGGUGCUCACUGACUUGCUUGCACAUCAGUCUUCUUUAUUUGGUGUUUCCAGCACAGGCAUUCCAGAGCACUGUUCCACAGAAAUGGAUUCCUGCCACCGCCUUCACUGAGGCCUGAGGACUCUCUGAUGCCCAGAAGGGUGUGGGAGAGAGGGACAGGACUCAAAUCCAUGGCAGCAGGGUCAAUCCCAGAACCCUGGCUAAGUGCCUUGAUGGGAUAUUUAACAGGCAUUAACACAGAGCACGCACAGCAGGGUUUUGAUCCCAGACAAGGGGUGGCACAACGUCUUGUUGCACAUUAUACUUUGUGCUUUGCUUUGUACACAAAAUUCCAAACAGUAUUUGCAAGCCCAGGUUGUAACUUCACAGAUUUUGCAACUUGGAAACACUUUGCCCUUUUAAGUUUAUGUUUUUA